GACCGAGCUGAAAGUAGGUCGGGCUGGACUUAAGCGGCUUAGCUACGUCAGCCUAAGCUGAGAGGAAUUCAUCCAAAGCCCUCCUCGGUAGGCGGGGGCCUAAACGAGGCUGGCCUAGUUAAGCCUGAUUCUUAUUGUAAGCAGCACUGCCAGUUUUUCUUGGUUUAGCGUAGCUGUGAGAGGACCCAGGACCAGAGUUUGUAGCCACAGUUCAUAGCCAGUGAUGGAUCUGGACAAGGAGAGAGCCAUUUAGUCAUAAAUUAGAGUUAGGCCUUUGUGCCAUCGUGGAUCAAAAGAGAGCAGAGGGGAUAAAACAGAAAGAAAAGGCAGCUGAGCAAAGUGAGGAGCCACUGAGAGAGGGUCCUAGGCCUGACUGGGACUGUGGAGGUCCACUAUGCUAUAGGAUGGCGUCCAGCGCGGUGUUUCUGUCCAGCAUGGUGGGCAAAGCUCGCUCUUCCAACUUCACCCUCUCUGAGAAGCUGGACCUGUUGAAGUUGGUUCGCCCUCACAUCCGCAUCCUGGAGGAGCACACCAACAAACACGCCGUCAUCGUGGACAAGAACAAGUGCUGGGACACCAUCGCAGAGCAGUACAACGCCUUGGGAGGGGACAGGCCCCACAGGACCGCUCAGGGCCUCAGGACUCUCUACAAGAGGCUGAAGGAGUCAGCCAAACAGGAAGUGAUGCAGAGGAGACACGCCCAGCCAGAGUACAGAGUGAGCAUCUCAGAGCCAACCAGGAGGAUUAUGGAGAUGAUCCCUCACCUGUUUCACCAUGUGCCCAUACAUGAGAAGGACCAGGUUCUACGCAGGUUAAUUUACAAGCACAACUCUCCUGCCGAGCAUCCUGGCAGCAGGUCCUCCCUGGCUGGAGUCCAGGAUUACUCUGUAGCUCUUCCAAGUACCCCUCAUGAGGUUGUCCAUCAGCUGGACCCUGUAGAGGACGUAAAACCACCGCCAGAACUCCCCAUCGUCCCCUCACACACAGGGCCAGGGGUGGAUGGGGUGCAAGAGCAAGAGCAGGAUCUAAGUAGCACCCACAACUAUGAAGCGUCCCUGUCUCCCUCUCCGUCGUCCGUUAACAUCGCCCUCUCUGCAUCGCCGCUGCCGCUACAGCACGACGACUACUCAGGAGACUUCUACCCUCACCAUGAGUCAGACAGGUGUCGUCCUCUUCACCUGGUUAAAGAGGAGCACGAUUUGGUGUUAGCCAAUCACAGGAAGGUUGCUCUCUACCUGGAGGAGAAGAGGGAGGGUCUGAAGAGGAAGCAGGAACUGGAGGAGGAACUUCUGAAAGCCAAAAUCAAAGUGGAGAAGCUAAAGGCAGCUCGACUGAGACACGGGCUGCCAGCUCCUCUAUAGAAAGAAAGAACACGCACACUAACAUUCACCUUUACAAAGGGAGGGACUCCGACGUUUGCUGUUUCUGGCGAACAGUCAAGAUUCAUGUUUGAGAGCAAAGUUUGUAUUUUUUCAAACGUAGUGCCUCACAUAGACUUAGAUAAUUAGCUUGUUUACUGUAUUUGCUUCAUUCAUAGAUAUCGGUGUUAACGAGCGUUUCAGACCAGAUCCCAUUAGGGGAAAAAACGUCAACACGUCAUGAGCAGUUGGGCUGAACGAACCAUCACACGUUUAAUUUAAAUUUUUAAAGAUUUGUUCACUGAGAA